CCGGCCGGGCGCGGGGACCCUCUCGGCGAGCCGGGCGCUCGGUCUGCACUUUCCCGGUGGAUUUCCAGAGCGCGAAGUGCUGGGUUCUGGUUUCUGCCCCUUGGAUUUCGCUCCCGCUUGUGGGCGUCUAAAAGGAACCAGAAGCGGCUCAACUAAAAGGAUACACAAAUUCUGUUGGUAAUGGUGGGAGGUCUAAGCACAUGAAACAUUCUUUGUGGAGAAAAUAACGUUUUGAGAAGAUAACUUGUCCAGUGAUAAAGCAAAAACCAGCAGAGAAGUGCAUCCUCUUCUGUACGGGUCUCAUUGUGCUGCUUUUUAUAACUUAGCUUAGUAAUGAAGCCAUUAUGUCCUCAGUCAGUGAAGUAAAUAUUAAUAUCAAAGAUUUCUUAAUGAGCAUUAAUUUGGAGCAAUACCUCUUACAUUUUCAAGAGUUUGGUUUUUAUACUGUGAAGGACUGUGCAAGAAUAAAUGAUAGUGUGCUACAUGAAAUUGGAAUAUCACCUACAGGACACCGUAGAAGGAUACUAAAAAAAUUACAGAUGAUCUUGUCAAAAAUGCAAGAAAUCCCAAUAUAUGCAAAUGUUCAUAAAACAAGGAAUGACGACACUUCAAAGGAUCGCUGUGCUCCAUCUUCUCAUCAGAAUGCCUGCAUAGAACUUUCUGAUUCUGGAAAUAUUCAGACACCUAGCUCAGCACAGUUGGCGAAGGCCACAGAAAGUCUAGAUCAAAAUGACAUUCAUAUGGAAAAGAACCAGUGUCUUCAAUCAGAUGAUAAGUUAUCUCUUUGUGAACAUGACUUCCCCAUUUCAGAAGACCAACACCUGAAUUUGAAUUCUCCUGACAUAUUAUCUGAUAAAAUAGACUCUUUGGUUAUAAAGAAGACUAUGGAUUGUACAGUUAAUGAACAACAGACAGAAAAAUUUGACUUGGUAUCAGAAAACUUCAGCAUACUUCCUAAUGCAGACCCUGAGUGUCUUUCUUCCCUGGACUGUUCAGCAUUAGAAACACAUUCUGGAAAUGGAACUAAUGUCUUAUUAGAAAGAUCACUACCAUCUCCAUUGUUUCAGUUUCAAGGAGAAAUGGUUGUAAAUGAUUUGUACAUUCCAUCGUCACCAGUGCUAUCACCUAUGAGAAGUCGUAGCAAGCUAGUUUCAAGGCCAUCUCGAUCUUUUCUGCUGAGACAUCGGCCUGUUCCAGACAUUCCAGGGGCAAUAAAAGGAAUUUCAGGGAGCUACUUCCGUGAGAGAACUGUUACUACCUCAGAUGGAAAAUCUGUGACACUGCCAAAUUCAAACGAGGAGAAUUCAUCUUCCAUCUUUCCUUAUGGAGAGACCUUUCUCUUCCAGAGACUAGAGAAUUCCAAGAAGAGGUCUAUAAAGAAUGAAUUUUGGACCCAUGAAGAACCACUUAAAGGAGAAGCAAGUACUUCAGCAAACUCUUUUUCAAUCAGAUCAAGCAUAUAUGAUAAUAGAAAGGAGAAAAUAAGUGAAGACAAAGUAGAAGACAUUUGGAUACCUCGAGAAGACAAAAACAAUCUCUUGCAAGACUCUGCUUCUGAAUCAGAAUACUCAACAGUAGAAGAAUGCUUUCAGAGUUUAAGAAGAAAAAAUUCAAAAGCACCUAAGUCUAGAACUCAGAAAGCACUAAAUUUGGACCCUGUUAAUAGACACAGUUAUCCUUUAAGCUCAACAAGUGGAAAUGCAGACUCAUCAGCUGUUUCCUCAAAUGCCAUCUCUCCCUAUGCCUGUUUCUAUGGCUCUUCUACCAUGAAGGUUAAAUCAGGAUGGUUGGACAAGCUCUCUCCUCAAGGAAAACGUAUGUUUCAGAAGAGAUGGGUGAAAUUUGAUGGCCUUAGCAUUUCUUACUACAAUAAUGAAAAGGAGAUGUAUUCAAAAGGAAUAAUUCCCCUCUCUGCUAUAUCUACAGUACGAGUUCAAGGAGACAACAAAUUUGAAGUUGUUACAACACAAAGAACUUUUGUGUUUAGAGUAGAAAAAGAAGAGGACAGGAAUGACUGGAUCAGCAUACUCUUAAAUGCACUGAAGUCACAGUCCUUUACUCCUCAGUUUCAAGCAUCCGUUGCACCUGAGAAGUGUGGAUAUCUUGAACUGAGAGGGUACAAAGCCAAAAUUUUUACUGUACUAAAGGGAAGCAGUGUGUGGCUUUGUAAAAAUGAGCAGGAUUUUAAGAGUGGACUUGGUAUUACCAUAAUUCCUAUGAAUGUAGCAAAUGUAAAGCAAGUGGAUCGAACUGUGAAACAGUCUUUUGAAAUAAUCACUCCCUACAGGAGUUUCAGCUUUACAGCCGAGUCUGAGAAAGAGAAGCAAGACUGGAUUGAAGCUGUGCAGCAAUCAAUAGCAGAAACUCUCUCUGAUUACGAAGUAGCUGAGAAGAUCUGGUUCAAUGAGUCCAACAGGAGCUGUGCAGAUUGUAAAGCCCCAGAUCCUGACUGGGCAUCCAUCAAUCUCUGUGUUGUCAUCUGUAAGAAGUGUGCAGGACAACAUCGAUCUUUGGGACCAAAAGAUUCCAAGGUUAGAAGUCUGAAAAUGGAUGCCAGCAUUUGGAGUAAUGAACUUAUAGAGCUUUUUAUUGUCAUUGGAAACAAAAGAGCAAAUGAUUUUUGGGCUGGUAACCUUCAAAAGGACGAAGAAUUACGUAUGGACUCACCAGUAGAAAAGAGAAAAAACUUUAUUACUCAGAAAUAUAGAGAAGGAAAAUUCAGAAAAACUCUUUUGGCCUCUCUGACCAAAGAAGAAUUAAAUAAGGCUCUGUGUGCUGCUGUAGUGAAAUCAGAUGUGCUGGAAACGAUGGCUUUGCUCUUCAGUGGUGCAGAUGUCAUGUGUGCCACUGGAGACCCUGUGCACAGCACCCCCUAUCUGUUGGCCAAGAAAGCUGGACAGAGUCUGCAGAUGGAAUUUCUGUACCAUAACAAGUUCUCAGAUUUCCCUCAACAUGAUAUUCAUUCUGACACUGGGCUAAGUCCAGAGCCUGCCCAGGCCACAUUCCUGUGUGACUUCUUGUAUCAAGCUCCUGCUUCUGCUUCUAAAGUAUCUUCAGAGAAAAAACUACUUGAAGAGACAAAUAAAAAGUGGUGUAUUUUGGAAGGAGGCUUCUUGAGUUACUAUGAAAAUGAUAAGUCUACUACACCUAAUGGCACCAUUAACAUCAGUGAAGUUAUCUGCCUGGCUAUACACAAAGAAGACUUCUAUUUAAAUACUGGGCCUGUUUUUAUCUUUGAGAUCUACUUAUCCUCAGAGCGUGUGUUUUUAUUUGGAGCUGAAACAUCUCAAGCUCAAAGAAAAUGGACAGAGACUAUAGCCAAGCAUUUUGUUCCCUUUGUUGCUGAAAACCUAACAGAAGCUGAUUAUGAUUUGAUUGGUCAACUGUUCUACAAAGACUGCCAUGCCCUGGAUCAAUGGAGAAAAGGCUGGUUUGCUCUGGAUAAAUCUAGUUUGCGUUUUUGCCUUCAAAUGCAAGAAUCUCAAGAAGAUAGAAUGCACUUAAGACGACUGCAAGAGCUAACAACAAGCACAAUGGUUCAAAAUGGGGAAAAAUUGGAUGUCUUAUUCCUGGUAGAAAAAGGGAGAACAUUAUACAUCCAUGGGCAUAGCAAGUUGGAUUUCACAGUCUGGCAUACUGCAAUUGAAAAAGCAGCAGGUACAGAUGGUAAUGCACUACAAGAUCAGCAGCUCAGCAAAAAUGACGUUCCCAUUAUUGUGAACAGCUGUAUAGCAUUUGUUACACAGUAUGGUUUGGGAUGUAAAUAUAUUUAUCAAAAGAAUGGUGAUCCUUUGCACAUAAGUGAACUCCUGCAAAAUUUCAAGAAGGAUGCAAGAAGUUUUAAAUUGAGGGCUGGAAAGCAUCAGCUUGAAGAUGUGACGGGUGUGCUGAAAAGAUUUCUCUCUGACAUCGACGAUGCACUUCUCACUAAGGAGCUCUACCCGUACUGGGUCUCUGCCUUAGAUACACAAGAUGACAAAGAAAGAAUUAAAAAGUAUGGAGCAUUUAUACGUACCCUUCCAGGGGUCAACCGAGCAACCCUUGCAGCUAUAAUUGAACACCUUUACAGGGUUCAGAAAUGCUCAGAAAUCAAUCAUAUGAAUGCCCAUAAUUUGGCUUUGGUGUUUUCAUCAUGUUUAUUUCAAACUAAGGGACAAACUAGUGAAGAAGUGAAUGUAAUUGAAGACCUAAUUAAUAAUUAUGUUGAAAUAUUUGAGGUUAAAGAAGACCAAGUCAAACAAAUGGACAUAGAAAAUAGCUUUAUUACCAAGUGGAAAGACACUCAAGUUUCCCAGGCUGGAGAUUUGUUAAUUGAAGUGUAUGUAGAAAGGAAGGAACCAGACUGUAGUAUUAUAAUUCGGAUAUCUCCUGUGAUGGAAGCAGAAGAAUUAACUAAUGACAUAUUAGCAAUAAAAAAUAUCCUUCAUACAAAAGAUGAUGUAUGGGCCACAUUUGAAGUCAUUGAAAAUGAAGAGCUAGAACGUCCUCUUCACUACACAGAAAAUGUAUUGGAGCAGGUGCUUCGGUGGAGUUCAUUGGCUGAACCUGGUUCUGCUUAUCUUGUGGUAAAGAGAUUCCUAGCGGUUGACACAAUUAAACAUUACAGAGAAAAAGGUAUCAAGGAAGGAGUCUUGAAAAUCAAAGAAGAGCCAUCUAAAAUACUGUCUGGAAAUAAAUUUCAAGACCGAUAUUUUGUUCUACGAGAUGGAUGCCUUUUUCUUUACAAGGACUCAAAGAGCAGUAAACAUGACAAAAUGUUUCGUCUCAGUUCAAUGAAGUUUUAUCGUGGUGUAAAAAAGAAAAUGAAGCCUCCAACAAGUUGGGGGUUGACCGCAUACUCUGAAAAACAUCACUGGCACAUGUGUUGUGAUAGUUCACAAACCCAGAUGGAGUGGAUGGCCAGUAUCUUUAUUGCCCAGCAUGAAAAUGAUAUAUGGCCACCAGCUGGAAAGGAACGAAAACGUUCAAUAACCAAAAAUCCCAAAAUUGGAGGUUUACCUCUAAUUCCAAUCCAGCAUGAAAAAAAUGCAACUCAAGCCCGAAGAAAUAUUGAGAGUGCAAGAGCAGAGCUUGAAAGGCUGCGGCUCAGUGAAAAGCAUGAGAGAGAGUCCAUGGAACCUAGCUUAAAGGACAGAGCCUCCAUCGUGGCUCAGUGCCUUGAGCACAAAGAGGAUAAACUUCGAAAUCGGACCAGAAAACACCGGAGUUUCAUCUGUCUAGAGGACACAGAGGCCGAGGUCCAGCAGGGGCAGCAGAAAGGCCAUAAGGACCUAAAGACAUCGAAGAAGACUGAGGACAGAAAUAACAAAACUACUUUGGACUCAGAUCAUAAAUUGCCAUCAAAGGUAAUUGAAGAACUUAGUGUGGUUCUACAGCGGUCAAGAACCCUGCCUAAAGAGUUACAGGGUGAACAGAUUUUGCAGAAAGAAGUAAAAUGAAUUGAUCCACAGAUUAUUUUUUUAAAUAUUGUAUACAAUGUGUGUAAAGUAGAAACCAGACUAUAAAAUAAUUCAUGAGUUUAUAAGCAAACAUGGUCUAUAUUUAAGAAAUAUGUCUGUCUAAGCUUAAACAUUUAAAGAGCAUUUUAAAAUAUGUAUAUAUGUGAGUAAUUGUAAGAUUAACUUUGUUUUGCUUUGAACAAAACUUGUAAAGUUCAAUUGUAUUAACUUCAUGUAAGAAAGCACUGAGUUACUCUUAAGUGGUCAACCCUUUUAAAAUAGUGGUCUGCUAAGUGGGUAACUUAUGAGCAGAAAUCUCAGACUGUACUGUAUUGUAUAAAAUGUUGUGUUUAAAUAAAGCCUAUGAAACUAUCUGUAACAUAUUUUGCACUUUGAGAAAACCUGUAUAUUAAGUUACCAUGUUUUUAGGUUUACAUAGGGUCCACAUUAGGGAAAAGAAAGGGAAUGAGUAGAAAAGGGGGAAAUUUUAUUUUAGUGGCUAACAAAUAACAUUGGGUUUUUUAAAAAGAGGAAAGUUAACAUAUACCCUGCCAUCCAAGGAGGUGACCUAAGAUUCCUUCUAGUUCACUAGGACCAGAAUUCAUUAAGGAAAAACUGCUUGUUAAGAAAAAAGCCCAGGGUUUAAAGAUAUCCCCAGAAUAUCAUUUGCCUGCAUUCAGGCAGCCAAACUGAAUAGUGGCACUGGCUGUUCUUAUUUAUGGCAUUGGUGAACAAGCCACAGUGUACACUCACUGCACUCCAGUCCACGCCAGGGCAGUGCUAAGAGGAAACUUACACUGCACUGGAGAGGCUUUACGCACGGGCCUGGCACAGAUGUCAUUUGCACUGUUGCUGUAUGUAUGCAAGCAAGGUUUUGGAGUUCCCAACUAUAUUAUUGGUACGAACAAAAUGCAUCAUCACAGUAUCUUUUUGCUGCUGUUGUUCUGACAUUGAAUUUUCAUACACGAGAAUGCAAUAUCUUUCUCUGCACUGUCAGAAAUAACUGGACGUGCUGAACAUAGGGCCAUAUGAAGGUAGGGGGAUUCUUUAAGUCUGCUACACAUUUUCUGACCAGCAAAUCACAUUCCAUUUAGUUUUUUUGGGUUUUUGUUGUUGUUGUUGUUGUUUGUUUUGUUUUAAUAAAGCAUUGGUAUUCUGCCUGUAACUAUGAAAAUAACAAAGCCGUCUAUUUUUGUUUCCACAUAAAAAGUCACCUACAAAAUUGGAAAUCUGAGACAGACAAUAAUAUUUUAUAGCUUAUGUUAUAGGUGGCACUUUUCAAGUUUCUUUCAGGUUGUAUUAGGCUUGAUGACCUUUAAUAUUAAAAAUCAUUUUAUGUAGCUAAACUUUAUUUCUUACAUUUUUUUCCUAUUUGUUAGGUGUUUUUCUUGUCAGAUUUUGUCUAUGUACAAAAGCCCAUACUUUAGUCACUGUGUGUAUUAAAUUCUGUGACUUUUUUUACUAUAAAAUUAUAAUAACAUUUACUAGGAAUAAAAUAGUUUACCAUGAGUAGGUAGCAUUUAUUCUUUAAAUCCAAAUAAUUUGGAAUUAAAUAAAUAAAACUGCAG